GUUCAGCCUCCCGAUGAGUCGGUGAAACUCCGACGAAACAGUUUGUCACAGCCCCUCGUUUGUUGUCCUCUUCUCUCUCUCUGCCUACGGUUUUACCGGUUUUACCGGGCAGGAAUGAUCGUGGGGACGGAGACCAUGCUCCGGGGGAACGAGUCGUCAUGGAAGCUGGAGACACAGAGUGUUGAGAAACUACUACAUCAGUUGAAGGACGAGAAGAACCUCAUCAUCGCAGAGGUUGUGCAUGAUGAUUGUGGCGCGGUUGACGUCAUAUUGCGGCGAAUGGACAUUGACUCACAAAAGUGUAUGUGGCAUAAGGCGAAGACUUUGGUCAAAUGCUUGCGAGAGGCUGUGCGCGGCACGAAGACUGUCAAACCAGCUGCAGUCGGGGCUUGCGAGCAUGUGCGCGAGAUGAAGUGGGUAUCCACGAGAAAAAAAGAUGAACUUGUUGAGAUUGUUUGGGGCGUGCUCUUCCCCGAUGAAGCAGGGAAAGCGUUGCCAGAUGAUGUCGUCGAGAUCGACGCGUUGCAAACUCUACAUUGCAAUGCGGCGGAGGAGGCAAAGGAGUGGUUCCCUCGGGUCAGAGAUUGGGCACGUAGCAUGUUGCAGCAAUCGGACGUCGACGACCCAGUUAUUGAGCAUUAUGACGAGGAAGCCGAUUAUGGACUCCCUGAUGCCGUUGAGAGUGUGGUGGAGGGUGUUGUGGCCGAAGGUGAAAAUGUUUUCGUUGAGGCGGGAAGCGAAAGUGCUUCAGAUGACGAAAAGUCGUCUUCCGACUCCUACACCGAUGGUGCCGCUCUCCGCCUCGACUUUGACGGCGCCGUUUUUUCGCAGGAGGUGUCCGUUGCGCAGAAGUGAUAUUGUCACGUACUACAUCGAUGCCCAUUGUCGUCGUCAUAAUCAUUAGAAUGUUAUGUCCUCGAUUUGAACUGGUUGUGAUAACUGGUGGUGAGAACAGGUUGUGAGAACUGGUUGUAAUUUUGAACUGGUUGUGAUAACUGGUUGUUCGAAAUGGUUGUUCGAACUGGUUGUUCGAACUGGUUGUUCGAACUGGUUGUUCGAACAUGUUGUAAUUUUGAACUGGUUGUGAUAACAGAUUGUGAUAACUGGUUGUUCGAACUGGUUGUAAUUUUGAACUUUGUGAGAAGUGGUUGAAAUUUUUCAACUAGUUGUGAGAGAUGCUUUUCAUGUAUACUAAUUGUAUAUAUGUUUUGUGUACACUUUGUGAUAACCGGUUCUGAAUAUAUAUAUAUAUAUAUAUAUAUAUAUAUAUAUAUAUAUAUAUGUUUGAACAAUUGAGAGAGAUAGAGAUAGAUAGAUAGAUAGAUAGAUAGAGAGAGAGAGAGAGAGAGAAAUAUCAUAUGUAGAUAUGUGGCCAUGUGGCAAAAUUGAUAAAUGCAAAACAAUACG